AUGGGCGCUGCCAAGGCCCCGCCCCACGCCCAUGUUACCGAGAGGGACACCGGCGCCACGCCGCUGGACGGCGGGGAAUCGCUGAGCCCGCCUUGUGCAAAGGCGGCUAGAAGAGCUCUCAGAGGCAAAGGGGUUCCAGAGAGUGUUCAUUAUAGCACAUUACCAAAUGGUUUGAAGUUUUAUGAUUUGAAGGUUGGAAGUGGACUUAAAGCUGUAAAGGGGUCACGUGUUGCGGUACAUUAUGUUGCUAAGUGGAAGGGAAUUACUUUUAUGACUAGUAGGCAAGGUCUUGGUGUUGGUGGUGGAACGCCAUACGGUUUUGAUGUUGGUCAAUCUGAGAAGGGAUCUGUCCUUAAAGGUUUAGAUUUAGGAGUCGAAGGAAUGAGAGUUGGUGGCCAGAGAUUAUUGAUAGUCCCUCCUGAGCUAGCUUAUGGAAGUAAAGGAGUCCAAGAAAUUCCCCCAAAUGCAACAAUUGAGUUGGAUGUUGAACUGCUAUCGAUUAAACAGAGUCCAUUUGGGACGGGUGUGAAGUUAAUUGAAGGCUGAUACAAGGCACAUUUUUCAGUUGUUGAUUUGUAAUUCUUUGAUCAUGUUCAGUUUAUAAAUGGUGCAUGUUCUUUUUGUUCUUUUUCUGCAGUCAUCAAGCUAUAAUUGUGGUAAGCUGUUAAUUCCUGGCCAAAUUAGAGUGAAUGUUUAUGCCCUGGAUUUCAAUUUCUUGAAUUGAUUCAUGUCAUGUAUAAAAUGACGCAAUUAAUUCCAUGUAUAGGUAAUAGGUGAUAUGAAAGUUUAUCAAUCGCUAGAGCUUUAAGAGACUCAUAGUUAUGAAUUAAUAGAUUUCUUCAUUGUAGCC